AUGCAUCGUACGAUGAGCCAUUGCUGCAGGAGCAGAAGAAACAUGUUAAAUAGGCCCCGCAAACGACUUGGGCAUCCAGCACAUCAUAAGCCAACUACGCACUUUCGGCUUGAGCACAGUCGACCAAUCCCCGUACAUCCGGUGCCCAUUCCGCCACCUCUUUCCGUACUGCAAACCACCGCGUCUCCGUCGCCGUCGUUGUCAGAAGCGCACCUUCCUUACGACUGCCCCACCAACGUGGAUUACGCACUGGAUUGUUGUGGUAACUAUGUGAGAUGUGCGAACGGCAUCGUUUACAGGAUGAAAUGCUCUCAGGGAUUGGUUUUCGAUCAGAUUAGACAGUACUGUGACUACCCACAACAUGUAGCGCAGGAUGCAGUACCAGCCAAGCUCCUUCCCUAUUGCCGCAGCCUAAACCUUAUCCGUAUCGGCCGGAAGAACAAGAGCCAAAGCUGGUUAGGCCUGCGCUGCAGUCGGCUCUAUUGCCGCACACUGCUAAUCGCCCAGAUCUGUGCACGUCAUCCUCAGACGGACUCCUUGGAGAGGGCUGCACCGCCUCCUUUAUAA